UUGAAUUUCCAUCUAAAAAUGACUCGACAUCGAAAGUUUCUCAAAGCCGAAAAGGCAAGAACAAAGCUCAAAGGAGCCCAGCUCCCCAAGGGACUGAAUGUCACAAAAACCGAAUUCAAAGUACGCAAAAUCGUCAUACCGGAACAACUGAAAGACAAAUCCUCGUUGAAUCAAGCACUUUCCCGUAAGCUCUUGAGUGUGAAGGAAUGCGUCGCUCGUCUCGGUCACAACAAUCCGCAACACCGUGCCGAAGGUCUACGAAAUCUCAAGGACAUUAUCGACACAAAUGCCCAGGAAAUCCUCGAUCAACAUUUCUCGACGGUCCUUAAGGGAAUUGCCGAAAUGUCUGUCGACAUCGAACGUGAAAAUCGUCGUGAAGCUUGUCGCAUUUUGAGUUUGUUGUUAAUUGAAGCGGUAAAAGUUCGUCCGGAUGGCAGCAAUAUCGAGCCUUUUUUCAAUAUUUUGUGCUCGUAUUUGCGAUGUGCCAUGACACACAUUACGCAGGCAAUUCAGGAAGACUCGUUACUGCUGUUGGAUGUGCUGAUGACGUACGUGCCGCGACUCGUGGCAGCCAAUCGGGACAAAAUUCUGCCGAGUUACAUGGAUAUGAUAUCGAAAUCGAGGACAGAGGGCAAGCCGGAACGAACAUUGACUGUCCAUUUGGGCAGCAAAAUUACGGGAGUCAAGUGGAGAAUUAAAGUUUUGGAGAGAUUGUGUGCUUUGUUGGUGGCAGUUAACUCGGAAAAGCGUCGCGCGAUGAAAAAGAACGUCGUGGAGUACAAAGCCGAUGCCGAAGUGAAUGUUUUUGAGAUGGAUUUUGAUGAGACACCUCAAGUUCCGGUCAAUUAUUACGAUCCCGAGAAGAAUUUUACGUUUCCUCUUAUUGCUUCGCAUCUCGAAGAGUUACCAGAUUUCUCAAAUAUCGGUGACGAAAAUGCAAAAACAAACGACGAAGGCACCAUAAUAAAGUCUUAUGUGGAACUAACGAUGCCUCUGAUGUUCGAAACGUGGCUCGAAGUCAGACCAAGUAGUGACAAUAUCGAUUCCAACGGGACUUCUAUCACCACCGACGCUGCCUAUACCUUAAAAUUACUCCUUCAAGUCAUCCUGCAGCUUCAAUCUCUCGUGGAACUUUGGUGCGAGGAAGCCAGUAACGACGAAUUAAGCUUGUGGUUCAAAGAAAAAUUCUCCAAUGACUUUCAGCAACAUUUUUUGAUCGCUGGAUUUCCCUUUAAUCAAAUCCAUCACGCGGAAAAUAAGAAACGCAACUCAAAAGGAGGCGAUCGAGACCUCGCAAAAGCUGGCGGCGUCAAAUGUUUCAUCCAAAAUUUGAUGAUUUGCAACAUUUAUUGCCGCGUUGCUUAUUCGCAAGAGAAUUUCAGUCAAAGUGUUUGUUCAAAAGUUGUUAAUUACCUCAAGCAAGUCGUUCGUGUGUGGGAAACGAUUCCAAUUGAAGCUGGGCAGUACUUAAAUGCCGUAUUGCGAAGUGUUUUUCUCAUUGCAAAACUUCCAGGAGUGAAGGAUUUAUUAAAAUCCUUAAUCGCCUCUUAUUUAAAUGAAGAAAACACUCGAAAGGAAAAUAAGACAAAAAUUUCAAUUUUGCUCUGUAACAUCCUCUUGAACAACGAAUUGAUGAAAAAAUUCGGUGUUGAUCUGUUUCAACAAUGGAUUCAAGUCCUUCCAGAACAAUUGUUAGAAGAAAGUGUCUCGCAACGAGUUUUAGACGUCUUCACCCAUCUUUGUCGUCAAUUGAAUCGUCAUUUUUUGUCAAGUUUGGAACAAAAACUCGAAGAUAUCGUUCGAAACUUACCCAAAAUUAAAGUUGUCGGAGCUGCUGAUGAACUAGAAGGACAAAAAUCCAUCGCUUCUUUAGUUUAUUGGAUCAAAAAUGAGGAAAAAUUGAGAUCCGUUCAAAAAAUUGCCAAUUCUGAGUUAAAAGACUCGCCUUAUAUUGUGGGAUUUUUGAACGAAAUAAUCGAAAUUCGAUUAAAAACGUUAAAAAAUAAAUAAAAAAAUUAUUUUAAAUAUUUUUAUUUCUUAUUUAAAUAAAAAUCUACAAUUAAAUUACUACAUCGUCUAACUACUCGUGUGUGGCCUCCAUAU